GCUGUCCUGUGUGUCCUGGCUGUGAUGGGGCUGGAGGCUGCUGCACUGGACGAAUGCGAGAUCACCCGACUUCUCCAGGACAAGCUGCAGUACGAGAUGCGCCUGCAGUACAUGAAACACUAUUUCCCCAUCGACUACACCGUGCAGGUCCAGUACGAAGAGGUGCUGAGGCCGUCCAACAUCACCCACCUGCGCAACGGGACAGUGUCGGAGGCAGCGCUGCGGUACCUCUGGUUCCACGUCAGCUCCCAGGCGCUGCUGAGGAUCCGCGAGGUGCUGCUGGAGAAGCACCCGUCCUGGAAGUACACGCAGGAGCUGUGCCAGCUCUUCGACGCCCUGGGCAGGGAGUACAGCAAGUACCGACAGACGGAUGUGGACGUGGUGGUGGCCGACCUGGUGAAGCAGGUCCACAGUGCCAGUGCGGAUAGCCGGAGGAAGGCUGUGCGCCCCAAGGCCCUGCUGGACAACUGCCUCAAGGUCAUGAGGAUGCUGUAUGGCAGGCCCAGUCGCUGGGACUCCACCUAAUGCCGUGGAGGGCAGCAAGCUCGCCGUUGCCCGCCUUUGCCCUCCGCACAGCUCGGUGCCUCCCCUGGUGCCUCGCCAGCCCGCUGCAGCGAGCGCCUCCCUCCUGCUUCCCUGCGCUGCCCCGGGGACCCUGCUUGGCCUCCAGUGAAGAGGAGAGGCUGCAGCGAAGGAUGAAGGGGAGCUGCAAAGAAAACAUCUCCCACUGGUGCCACACGACGGGCUCAAUGCCUUUUGCUUUUGCUAGGCAUGAAGAAGCUGCCUCUCCUCUCCUGCCUAGCGGGGAUGUGGCUAUCCAAAGAGGACAUUUUGGGUACCCCUCUCCCUGGCUGUCCUGGGGGCAUGCGGGACGCCUGACCCAGCCGUGGGGCUGCAGGCCUGCCCUCCGCCUGCGCCCAUGGUUGUUGCAGGGAGGGAGCUGCUGUGCCACGGCAGGGAGCCAUAGUACCCUGGUCCCUGGAGGGUGCUGGGGACCAUGGUCACCAGUUCCUCGUCCAGCUCAGCUGCCUCACCCUGCCCUCAAAUGGAGGUGCAGAGGGGCACCCUGCCACCCUGGGAAAGGCCACCCUAUGCGGGACCCUGGGACUGUGCAUGGCCAGGGAGGCUGUGACACAAUGCCCAGCUGCUGUCUGAGCAGCGUCCGGUGCUGGCUGGGCUUGAUCUGAAACACCCAGCAGCCCUGCAAGCACCUUGCGGUCCUUCUGCAUGGGUGCAGGCUGGAAGCGGGGACCCAGACCCACAUCCUGUGGGAAGGGGGUCCCCAGCCAAGUUGAGAGAUGCCGCCUUGUCCUGUUUGCAGUGGGUGUGAUUUUUAUCACCAGUUUCCUGUUGUUUUGUAUUUUUCCUCAGCUUUCAUUAAAAAAUGAAUAAUUUUCUAGCGCUCAUUGUUGCAGAUAAGCUUCAGACUGGGUCACCUAAAAGCUCAAACCUUAACUGAAAUAAAAGACAAGCAGACAGAA